CGUCUGAGUCAAGUGAUGAUGCGUGUAUACUUUGAUGAUAAGCAAGGCGGAACUGUGGUUAGGGGAGCGGUAGGUUUAUAUAAGUAUACCCUCAAGCUCUGUCAGUUCUAGACUCCGGAUAGUACUCUAACUAAGAGAAAAGGUAUAAAUCAUUCCAGUUAAAAUGGCCAGAAGGAAGAUUCCAAAGGAAGUACAGGCCGUAUUUGAUCGCUAUGUUCAUGGGCCUGCCAAGCGUCUUGAUGAGUCGGAAGCACUGUCGAUGUUGCAGACGGAGUUCAGCCUCUCUUCAGAUGAAGCCCAGAUUAUGUUUGAUUCAUUUGACAAGGACAAAAAUAAAAUCAUGAGUAUAUGGGAAUUUCAACAGUUCUACGAAACGGCUGGCAACAAUGCUUCCGAAGCUGUCAAGUGUUUCCAUGACCUCGAUUCGGACGGAAGUGGAAAACUAGACCCCGAAGAGGCGAGAAAGGGUUUGGAGCGAAUGAAGACAGGAACUGGAAGGAAUUUAGAGGAAAAAGAAAUUGACUUUUUCAUGAAAACAGCAUCUGAUGAUGAUGGUAUGCUAGACAUUGCAAUGUUUGUGAGUCUUCUGCAUAGGUUGAAGCUGUACAAGUCGGCACCACCACAAAACGCCAAAUGUCACGUUUUGGGUGAGAAAUGAGUUGUAGAAAAGGUAAAAGGUAAAUACUAAGAGCAUUUAACCAGUUUUAUAAAAACAAUGCACAAGUAUUUCGUUACAAAGUGAGAUGACGCAGUAAAGUUACCAUAUCGGUAUCAAUUGACAUUUUAAAAAUGUUAUCAUCACUGAGAAAAAUGAUAUCUUCGCAUGAAACUGUAUAAAUGCCAAAACAAGUUAUUUCAUCGUAUUUUAUCAUUUAAAAUCAUUUAUUCUUUAUUUUUGUAAUUACGAUGCUGAACACAUGUCACAUAACGAUAUUUUAGAUAUGUACGAUAGCUGAUACGAGAUGGGUUUGGUUAAUUAGAUGAUUUUAAUGGGGGCACCGCAUGUAGGUUAAGGAGUGGAUCAAUUUCUCAAUUCAUGAACAUACAUUAUCUUAUUGUAUUACUAAUAUGGUGGUUACGUAUCUUUAAAACAAACGAAAUAAGUCAGAAAGUUUACCUCUGGCUCGAUGGAGGUAAUGAGGUAACUGCUAUUCUCUAUUUAUUCUAGUAUCGUACAUAUAUCAUGUUUCACAGAACAUUCUGUAUAUUACAUAUUUCAAUGCUUUUUUCGACGAUCAUAAAUUUCCAGUUGAAUAAAAAGUUUUGUUGAUGA